AUGGCGAGUCAUCAUACAACUCUGUCAAAUGACACUCCUGUAGCCGUCAAAACCACCAUAAUUGGCAAAGACGAUCAUAGAAAGUUCAAGCUCACUCUGAAGGAUCUGGGGCCAUCUGUGCUACCAGAGAAACUCCGCCACCUCCUCUCUAUUGAUCCGACCAAAGAUGCGGUCUUCGAGCGGUAUUCGGACAGCUCAGCUUCCUUUAUUACACUUGAUAGCAGCAAUCAACAGGUCUACAAACAACUAUUCCGUGCCGCCAAAGCCAAGGGCAAGCUUCGCCUUAGAGUCACCAUUGUUGACAAGCCAAGCCAAAACCACAGCGUGUCGGAAACACCAACAGGUGCCUCUGAGCGUCUGCCAAGCCGUUCUUAUGUCCACCCCUAUGUAUCCGAGACCCUGUUGGAUCAGAGUCCGAGCUCUCGCAUAUCUAUGUUAGAAGAUUUCAAGACCUUGUCUGCCGCUCCCUCGACAAUCACCUUGACCCCCUUCACCCAAGUUUCCGCCGAGAGUCAAAAGGAGACCAAACCUCACCCGUGUUAUUGGCCCAUCUCGGACGACAAAGGUUUCUCUGAAGCUACAAAAGCCAAGUUUGAGAAGAAGUCUUCAGAACCUCAAGCAAACAAGGAGAGAAAAUUAGAGAAUGACGGAGAAGCGGAAGCUCCGGUGCCUCGCUUCUUUUCUGCUCGCGGGCAAUGUCUGGCAAAUCUUGCCAAUGUUCAACAAAAACACGCUGCUGAGCGCAACGCAUCGAAGUGUCCUAUGUCUUCUAACUUCUUCCUUUCUUGCAAUCGGUGCGAUAACUCAAUUCCUGAUACUCACUGGCAUUGUGGGGUCUGUGAAAAGGGCGACUUCGAUCUGUGUCUUGCAUGCGUCCAGAAAGGUUCUAUGUGCGACAACGACAAGCACUGGCUUAUAAAACGCUUUUUCAAGAAUGGUGAGAUCACGAACAGCACGACCGAAACACUUGGACCUAAGGGUUACUCGGGUGGCGUGCCAGGAGCUUUUGCAUCUGAAGCGAAGAACCUGUAUGAACAAGCUGAACGUACAUGCAAUGCUUGCGUCCAAAUCUUCCCUGAGGCCAAAUUCGUAACUUGCACUCUUUGUGACGACUAUGACCUCUGCCUAACAUGCCAUAUCGUUAACAAACAUGGUCACAACCCUGGUCAUGGUUUUAAGCCUGCAACGAAAGAAGUAGAACUCAAUUCUUUGGCAUCUAAGCUACUAAAGCCAGGCCGCGACAUCCGUCACGCUGCUAUUUGUGACGGUUGCGACCAAAGCAUUUAUGGUAUCCGUCACAAGUGCCUCAAAUGCCCUGACUGGGAUUUCUGUGGUCAGUGCUUCCUUGAAUCCUAUAAGACUCAUCCAGGCCAUCGCUUUGCUUCACUCCAGGAGCCAAUCCCGCACAACAACCGGUAUGCUCAGGAGCACUUCGGUAUCAGCUGCGAUGGACCUUUGUGUGAGGGCCAAGGAGGUUAUAUUAUGGGCGAUCGCUAUAAGUGCGCCGUCUGUAACGACACCGACUUCUGCGCUAGAUGUGAGGCAUUCCCAACUCUGAAGCACAAUCGCACCCAUCCUCUACUCAAGUUCAAAACACCUGUGCGUAAUGUAUCCGUUAGCACGUAUGGUGAGAAGGCGAGUGGGGAGUCCAUGCGCCCUAUGGGCGACCAAGCUGCCCAUGUAAGCUCCAAAUCCACUGAGACCACACCGCUUGCACGUUCGGCCAAUGCUGCGACCCAAGUCCAACCAACAACCGAAGUCAAAUUAUCCAAAAGACAGGUGAUGGAGAAGAAGCCUGCACGUAUUGUCAACAGAGCUCAACGCUCAUCUUGGAUGCCUCCUCAUUUGCAGGCUCAUUUUGUCCGGGAUACAGUGGCUGAUGGUUCUAUCGUCGCGCCUAAUACCCAAUUCACACAGACAUGGACACUCCAAAACGUUGGUCAACUCCCAUGGCCUGCUGGAUGCAGCGUCGCCUUUGUUGGGGGUGAUAGCAUGCUUGACGUUGAGUCAAAUCAUCCCAGCUCCAUUGAACAGCUUCGAAACGCCAUGAGUACCAAUACGGUUGAUCGCCUUGUUGAGGCUGGGGAGCUGAUUGACUUCUCUGUCUCGAUGCGUACUCCCGAGCGCGAAGGAAAAGCGAUAUCCUACUGGCGUCUCAAAGCUGCUGAUGGAACGCCUUUCGGCCAUAAGCUCUGGUGUGAUGUCACUGUUCAGAAACCCGCGAAGCAGGAGGAAGCCAUCGAGCCAAAAUUGGAAGCUGAGACUGUGGAGCUCAAGCCAGAUCCAGAGGUCAAAGUGGAAGAGGAACAACCCAAGAGCAGUCAAAUGAUCUUCCCGGUUCUGGACAAGGAGUCUCCUGUCUCCAGCAAGCACGAGGCCGAAACCUCAUCUACUACCGUCGCCACUGCUGCCACACUCUCGCCCGCCGAGCAGGACCUGCUCGAAGACGUCGAGAGCCUUGAACUUGAUGAUAACGAUGAUGAGAGCAGUGAGGAAGGUUUCCUAACGGACGAAGAGUACGAGCUCAUUGCUUCCGGUGACGAGCUGGAGGUAGCGAAGAACGGAAAGAAAUGA